AUGCAAAACGAUAAAGGUCAAGGCGUGUCCCACGCAAAGGACUCUUCAGUCCCCCGCAAAAUCCAGGAGCAGGCGCCGUCGAAACUUGAGCACGAGCUCCCCGAUAGUGUCCAUGACACGGGAAGCAACAAGGAGACUGGCAAAGAAAGCCACGCGGUGGGAGAUUCCAAGGUUCCUCAGGCGCUACAAGAGGCUCUCCCUGAGUCGGUUGAGAAGGCAGUUCCAAAUGCUAUUCACGACACGGGAAAGAAGUGA